AUGCGAGUUCUUGCAAUGCGAAUUUCAUUGCAGAACCCUUUCUCGUUUUUUGGCAUUGACGAAUUUGAAAAAAAUCAGAACAACAAUCAAUUCUUUGAUGGGGACAAGUCGGACCCUCGACUUCAUCUGGAAAAUCCUUUGGUUGGCUUUUGGUUGAUUUGUUCUGAAUUUUUUGAUUAUCCAUGGGCGACAACCUUUGACAACAACUAUUAUAACAAGCCGUGGUCGAUAAUCAUCUGUGGCAUCAAACAAAAACGUUCGGCACCUUCUCAGUCCUUUUUCCGACCAGAAAAUUCAACCCAUCACACUCAACAAGCAAUUCAGAAGAUCAGUGAUCCAAUGAAUGACAAUUUGGACAAUGUGGUAGGCCAAUCCCAUCCGAACAAAGCGACUUUAGCAGAUCAACGGAAGCGCCAUCGUAAUCUGACCGACAAUAGAUAUGAUGCACUGGUGGAUGAUGAUGAAUCGAUUGGGACAAAUGCUGACGAUGCUGAGGCUGCGGACGACGACGCCACUACCAUUGACGGCGAUGCCUACCAACAACCAGAUCAGGACGAUGAUGACGAUGAAAUACUAGUGACAGCGGUCCGUAACAACCCAAGACGCCCACCACUUUCUUCAGAUGAUGAUGACGAUGAAGAGGAUGAGGAUGAUGAUGAUGUGGCGAGCAACGCUGGGGAGGUUCAGUCAGAGUAUGUAGAAGCACUGGGGAGGUCAGAAGAUGACAACAUGGCGGUUGACGGCUUGACAAGCCCUACUCAGGUCUCUCAGGAUAGCUCUUCAUUGCUAAACACACCUCCACCUACACGUCGCCUACCUCCACCGCCCACUCUUGCUGAGAAACUUAACAAAUUAAUUCAAGUUAACUUGGAUGGGAUGACAUGCAGAUGUCAUAUUUUCGAGACCACAUUUGCGACAAAUUACUUGGGAUCCGACUCCGGCACGGUUGCUGAGGCAAUUUUAUCUGCGGUGCUGACGUCAAUGGAGGAAGCUUUGAACAACUCCUUUCACGAGUUGAAGAUCCUUCCUAUCUCCGACGACACUUAUAAACAACAGAACCGGUGGAUCCGGAACUCGGUGGAGUUACGCAACAAAAUUUCGUCCUACGGGGCCCUGAGUCUCUACUGCGAUAUGGAAUAUGGGAAUUCUCCUUAUGCGGCAACCAACAGCAAGCCUGGCGAGAAGAAACUACGGACCCGAAUGCGGGUGGGCUUUGCAAGGUACACGUCGGCAGAGGCGGUCCAAGACUAUCUUCACACUGGUCUACGUUCCCAGGGUUGUGGUGCAGGAUGUUACCCUUCGCCGCUUCAAUAUGGUGACAUUGUUAAAGUGGGACGUGCUAAAUUCAAUGAACGUUCCCCCGGUGUAACAAGUCCCCAUGGGUACGCCCGCAAGAUUCAUGCCAAAAGAGUCGAUCGAGAAUUAAGAAGCCUUCUUCAUCCAUCCACAGCAAAGCCAGACUUCCCCUUUGCGGCUCCGGCUACAUUUAUUAGCGAUUGGAAGUCUGCUCAACAGGGCUUGAUCAGUGUGAAGGCCUACGGUCCGGUCAAGGAUGCUACCCUCACCCUUAUUAGCAAACUACGUGACUACUACAUCCUGACAGAGGUCCUGUAUUCGGUCAUGGACCUUCCUGGGAUGUUCAAGUUCGCUACUACCACUAUGUUUGGCACAUGCACCUUGUUCAAGCUUCUCUUGUCGAUCAAGGCAACCCCAACUCAAGCUGACAAAGCUUCGCAUGCUCACCAAUCAACAACUGAGACUGUUGACUUGGACAAUGACUCUUCUGACGACGAUUCCAAUGGAGCCUCUGACUCUAAUGACGGCCAAUUCACGGAAGUUCAGUCUAAGAAGGCGGCGACAAAGGUGAAAAAGAAGGUGAAGAAGAAGAAGAAGAAGCAGCGGAUCGCUGACAAUGAGAAGCCGUUCCUUAAUGAUCUCUCCCCAGCCCGACAAAAAAUGGCUGAGGCUGCUGACCGUAAGCUGAAGAAUGAUCAGGAGCGUCACAAGUCCGGUCCGUUGUUCUUGAUGGUUCUACCAGGCGAGAUGGAGGGCACCUACAUCCUGGUGUGUCGCAAGAAGUUUGGACAAUUGGCUCGUAACAUCUUGAAGGGCUUGGUCCCUUUUCUUACUCAUCCCCUGUAUGAGCCAACUCUGGCCCUUUGUAAAUGGGUUCCGCAAUCAGAGAUCAGUAUGGCUCGGCGUAAGAACCUCAAAUGGUGCACAAAAACCCUUCAUGCAGUGGAGGCUACCGCAUCGCCAGACGCGGUGGAAGAAGCACUAGAGUUUCUGGAUGAUGUUAUGGAAGAUGCAACGGAUGUCUACAACGGCCAACUCUCGAUUGAUUUGGACAUGGCUAACAACAAAGACAUUGAUGAUGGGAAGACAGUGACGGGAAUGAUGGAUGAGAUGCAGGAACGAGAGCAACAACUGGAAGAUGCCUUCAAUGAGAUUGAGAUUCAGGACAAUGCACUUGAGGCUCAGGAGCGCGUCUUGGCACAACAACGUGCGGACAAUGCGGCACUGCAGGCACAGCUUGCUGCUCUUCAGAGCCAGGUCAGCCAUCCACCUACCGUGAUGGUUCAUCCACCUCCCACUCCACCUCACAACAAUCGCGUGUCCCCUGACCGUCAAGCAUUGACUCCACCGGUCAGACCCAGCAACAGAACCUUAGGCAAGUCAUCCACUGGGAAGGGCUCUAUUGUUCCCAACACAGUGACAAAACCAAAGAAGGCCAUCAAGCAGGACAAAAGUAAACAACCAGCCAAGAAGGCCCGUACAAGUGCAGGUGUUCAAUUUCAGGAACCAUCUCCUUCUCAAACCUUGGCGGCCCCGGCUGUUCAAGUAGACACGUCUCACAUGGAAAGGGACGACACCACUGCUGCGUCUCAAGAUGAGAGCCAAACCUCAUCUCUUACUGCGUCUACCCUGCGAGGUGGAGGGCCUCCAUUCUUCUCUCCUCCUCCUGGGAAGGCCCAGAGUGAUGGCGCCAGUAAAUCUUCUCGGUCCGCCCGCAGAGCUCCCCGCUCCGCGGAGGGGACAGGAGAGGCCCACGAUCGUCUGCAGCUAGGUCACGGCGUGCAGGCAGAAGAUCCCGUAUUAGUGGCCCGUCAAGUGGAGUCUCUCAUGCUUCACUUGAUGAAUAUUUACAAUGUCAACGGAUUACCAGAAAACGGCAACGACCCCAAGCAGCAACAGAUCAACUCCUGGCUGAAGGAAGAACGAGUGGGAAUUGCGUUGUUGGCAGAAGCCAAGACGUUCUGGCCUUCUAUCAACGAAGGUCGCGGUUGGAGUGACAGACUCCGCCAAGCUACGAUGAAGUCCGAGCGGAAAGGGUUUUACUCGUCGGUAGCUUACAAUCGGCAUCAGGACAGAUCUGCUGCCACCUCAGCGGUACAAUGGGGCGGGUGCAUCGCAACUGUUUUGAAUCAAGUGGCGCACAGGGCUAAGGAAGCUGGCAGAGACCUCACGGGUUUAGGAAGAUGGACCUAUGUUUGUCUCCAGGGAAGGAAGUUGAAAGCCCACGGGGGUAAUGUCCAGGACUCUUGGCUGAGGUAA